ACCUGGAAGCGGAAGUUGUUCUGGCUCGUUUAGAGGCGGCAGGAGAAGAUAGCGGCUAAAGGAUUCAGUUCCCUACUAGCUACGUUUACAAAACCACGCAGAAUAGACAUUAGGCGCAAUGAAUACCAGAGGACUUCGAUCUCAGCUUAAGGACAGCAUCCCAAUAGCAGAUAUUGCCCCCCAAGUUGGAGCUUAUGGUGUUCAUGAUACACUACGAAAGGGAUUUACCAGUGUGAAACAUGAACUUCUGCCAAGUCAUCCUUUGGAGCUUUCUGAAAAAAAUUUCCAAGCUAAUCAUGAUAAAAUGAACUUCUGUACCUUGAGAAAUAUUCAGGGAUUGCAUGCUCCACUAAAACUUCAAAUGGAAUUCAGGGCAGCAAAACAGAUACAACGCCUUCCAUUUCUUCCAAGCUCAAAUAUCGCACUCGACACUCUCAGGGGAACAGAUGAAUGCAUUGGCUUUGAGGACAUUUUGAAUGAUCCAUCACAAACGGAGAUUAUGGGUGAACCGCACAUGAUGAUGGAAUACAAGCUUGGAUUGAUAUAAAAUCAGUGUUUUGGACCAUCGGGAUAUAGAAUAAAUUUGAUAUAAAAAGUCUGA